GACACUCAGUGGACAGAAAUUUAUACUCAUCGCGCCUACAAUAACCGUGGACGAAGAGUUGAACAAUCUGAGGAGAACGAAUAUGACACUUUCAAGAAUUGGAUGUUAAGCCGGUGCUUGAAAGAGCACCGGCUACUCAAUUACAACUUCAGUCCCGUGGUGUCCUAACAUUCCAUAUCUCAUUGGCAUACUCAUGUUUUGAGAGUAUUUCCGACCUGCCUCAUAAUCUAUCCGAAUUCACUCGACGCAAAGUCUUGAUAGAAGGAUUCUUCUUGUGUGUAAUUGAAGUUUUAAAUAUUAUUCCAUUAUUCAUCAUUUGAGAUACCGCGCGAUUCACCUUUUUCUAUCUGUGAUUUUGAAUCAGUAUCUCUUUCCCAGCACGCGAUUCUAUCCACUUGGUUCCGUCACUCAUCUCAAACUCAACAAACCUAACACCCAAAACUCUACAGUAUAUCGACGAGAACCACAACUUCACAAUUUGGCUAUCCGACGUACCUACUUACUCACUCCUACUUGAUCAAUAAUAAUAGAUAUGGCGCCGUCUAUGAGACAUCAUACAUUAACCCUACGGAAUCGUCGGGCAAUAGCCAGCGUACCCGUAUCUGGUUCCACAACCCCAAACUCAUCCACCUACCCCUCAGCAUAUCCAUCUGAUGCUGAAGAUAUCACUCUCGCCACUCGCAAACUUAAACAACCAUUCCCAUUUCUCUCUCUGCCCUCCGAACUACGAACCAAAAUUUAUGCCCUUAUAUUCGCCCCUUUCCCUUCGAUUAUCGACCUCGACCCUACAACAUUUUCCAUCAUUCAUCGUCAGAAACUCCUCUCUCUAUUCUCUGUCUGCAAACAAAUUUACAAUGAAUCAUCGCACCACUUCUUCUCAACCUAUACCUUCCGCAUCUUCCCUGUCCACCCAGGCCGCUAUUUCAAGACGAAGAAGCCAUUGCUCGCGCGUCUGCCAGCCCAAUAUCGCAACUCUAUCAGUACACUAGAACUUCGUCUAGGUCCAGGUUGGAACAGUCCUCCAAGAGGUUGGAUUGUAUCGCCUCUACUUGGACUUUCUGAUUGCACAUCCGUUCGUGUUCUUAAAAUAUUUGUGGAAUGCGACCCUUCCGACGUUAUAUUCAAAGGUUUCAGAGCAGGUGAUGGAUUCUAUGAAGGCUUUUGCCAGGAACUAUUAGAAGGAAUAUUCAGAGAGGUAAAGGGAAUUCAAACUGUUGAAUUCGAUGCUUUUCCUGGUGUGCAGAGGAGUGGAGAUAUGAUGAAUAGAUUACGAGAUGUAGUAGAAAGACAUGAGAAAGUUGUGGGAUGGGGCCCGGAGAGGGGUUGGGGAGUAGAGAAACCCGGAGAGGGUAAGGAAAGAGUUUGGCUAGACGCUGUGCUUGUUCAUGGAGUUGGAAGAGCGAGGGUUAUUCCGGCGGGAGUGGAUGCUAUUGUGGCCUCGGCUUGAGUUAUAACACACCGUCUGAUAGAACGGGUAUCGCAACAUGAGCGAAAUGAAGACAGCGAUGAGCGAGCGAUGACAUUAUAUGUGAUUGGUCUUCAAUGGAAAUGGCAUGGAAUAAAUCAUAAACAUUGCCGAGUGAAUCAGGACAUGGGAUUUAAGAAUAGCACGCAGGCAUGUAACUCCUCUUCAUUUUAUAUAUACAUUUACCCAGUGCCAUUUUGUUCAAGAAUUUCUUUCCUACCAUGACAGAUUCUUCUUUUCUCUGUACCGGAAUCUCCGGCCACUAACGGCAAUCACUUUGCCUUCACGUCAACUACUAACCCAUUUCAAUACAACCAACAAACUAGUCGAAACUGUGUUCAAAUUGUUGCAUAUCUCGAUUUUCUUAUGUCAAAUACCUCAUAUCAUUGACACAUGAAUACAUAAUACUGCUUAUGCUUUUAUCACUCAAUGAUGCGAAUGAUACUAGGCCAUUCCCCUCAUCUCUAUUACUACGAAAAUUAGUGUCCUAGUGGCAUACAUAGAGACAUCCUGUGGCUUUAAGCUAUGACGACUUUGAUAUUUCGAGAUUGGGGCGAAAUUGUUCUUUUGAGCUAGGCAUUGCGCUGAUAUCUUUCCUCUUGCUCGAAGACAUUGAAACUCCAGCCAAUUGUUGGAUAUUAUUACAAUGCUAGAGUAUCAAAUAUUAUUCGCAUCGUUGAUGAGUAGCUUUCCUCGAAUUAUUUUCUAUAUCGUAAUGUGUGCGAUAGUGCUGGUUUCGGAUACUUCAGAAUCGGUGGAUUUUAGUUGGGUGGUGGCAAGAAGUGAUAAUUUCACAACUGCCGGAUGGGUUAGUACGGAAAUAGUUCUAGUGAGUGAAGAUGGUUUACACAUAUUAGAAGGACUUACGUUCUGUUUCUUGCGGCACUGAUAUAUGAGAAUGGUGGAAAGGAAAGUGUCGAGAAUGUCACUCACUAUGUUUAAAGCGAGAGGCAUGGAUAUGCGUCUAUAUUCCUGAGAUAAGCUCACUGGUAAUUAGUUGUUGGUUUCUGUAUUUUCGGCGAGUUCACUAGAUGGUGACUAGUUCUAGUCAAGUGAUUGUUUAGAAAGUCAUCAUUCUAGAAUCACACUUCUUCCUUCAUACAGUUGCGGCAUUUUCUAUCUUUCCAUUUGAAGGUCUCGAAUCUGUUCCAUACAUACGUAGUCUUCGCUUGCAAAAUUCCUGGCUGUUUAAACAGACUUUCAGGUUGAUAAUCGAGUUAAUACAUAAAAGAGAGUCAUUAUCUUCGUUGUUUGUCGAGGUAGUAAUAUUGGUUUUCUGUUCCUGUCGUGUAAAUUUCGUAAGGUAGAUGUGACGGCCAUGUCUUCACUGUUGCUCGUGGUUAUGUAUUGAGUGGAGAUAUCCCAUGGCGCUUUGAGUUCUGAAAGAGGAAUAUCGAUGAUGAAGGUCUUUGAUAGCUCACUCGAGAGCUUUAACUAUGACCAUUUUGAUAGGGGAAAUGAGCUAUGUUGUGAGAUUUUAGAUUGUGUUUAACCAGCGCGGAAAAUGGGUAUUAUUUUGCUGGAUUUGGUCGGGGGUUUCACGUUACUUGGGCGAAAGAAUGUGGCGUGAUUGAAGAGGAUGAUUAGGUAGGCGAAUAGUAAAAGUAGUGAUGAGAAUAAGAUGAAGGUGACCAGGCCAUAUUAGCUUGAAAUCAAAAUCAUCAAGUAGAUCGUAGGAAUCAAAUUCGGCA